AUGGUUUCACUGGUUGUACUGGCUGUGUUUCUCCUUUGGGAGACCCAUUCUAUGCCUUGGACAGCGGCAUUCAAGCCACUCUUUUCUGACGGCUCCUUCACACAUCGAGAAAUCACUCAUGUGGCUAUGCUUCGCAAGACGGCAGAGGUGUGCCGUGACAUAGCAACUGCUCAGGGUCAAGACUUCACACUGACUAUUGAAAACACAAUGACUGCAUCUGCUGUUCAAAAGGCCUGCUCAAGAUCCCCUGCUUCGUCAUCUGUCUUGUCUGCCACAAGGUUUCAUUUAGCUAUUGCAGAGACUUAUUUCAGCAAUGCUGCCAUUGAUUUACAGUUUAUGCUGAGUGCAAAGCAUCAUAUAGACAAUGAGGCUUUUGGAGAGGGGCGUGACCUCAUCACUCAAGGCGUGGCUACAGUUAAAGCCGGCGUGCAGCGGGGCAGCUACAUCUCUGCUCGUGUCACACUGGGGGCUUUAUGUCACACUCUACAGGAUUUCUAUAGCCAUAGUAACUGGGUGGAACUGGGAUUCGCUGCUCCUUUUAGCAACCUGAUCAGACCUGACCAACCACUCAACAACCUUGCAGGUCCCAAUACACAGACAUGCAGAAACUGCAAUGGAGAAAACUGUGGUGCAAACAUUCUUCCAGAAAUACUGCAGCAGAAGAAACUUACCUCUGGAUAUUUUAGCAUUUCCUCCUCCACAAAACCUGCAGGCAAGUGUAGCCAUGGUGGCUUUUUUGACAGGACCAGUUCAGCAGCACCUACUGGAGGUAUCAAUAAGGAUACCGUCAGCUCAAAUCAUGGCAUCUAUCACCACCGUGCUGCUGAUUUGGCCACCAAGGCUACCAUGGACAUACUAGAGGACAUUCGACUAGCCACAGGCAACCAAGCCUUCCUUCGAUUAAUGGGACUUCGUCAAACGUCUGUGCUGGCUUUUGUGAUUGACACCACGGGCAGUAUGUCUGAUGACAUUGAUGAGGCAAAGAGAGUGUCCUUCAGUAUUAUAGACAGCAGGAGAGGAACAUCAGAGGAGCCUUCGGAGUAUGUUCUUGUCCCUUUUAAUGACCCAGAUUUUGGACCUCUUACACGGACUGAGAAUGCAGAUGUCUUCAAAGAGAGAAUCAAUACUCUUUUAGCGUCUGGUGGUGGUGACCUCCCAGAAAUGUGCUUAUCAGGACUGCAGAUGGCGCUCGCAGGUGCUCCUCCAUCUUCAGACAUUUUUGUGUUCACUGAUGCUGCUGCCAAAGACAUUGACUUACUAAGCACAAUUAAGGCCAUGAUAGAAAGCACCAAGUCCAGAGUCACUUUCAUGCUGACUAGCCCGUUCUCAUUCCGUAGAAAAAGGGGCGUUUUUGCAUCUCAGCGUGUUUACUCAAGAUCAAUGUCACAGUCAGAAAUGCAGUUUUACAGAGAUCUUGCCCAUGCUUCUGGUGGACAGGCCAUAGAGGUCACAAAGACUACACUGUCUCAGGCCACUGAAGUCAUAAUGGAUUCAACCAUCUCAGCUCUGGUCACAGUACUUCAGGUGAUAGGAAGUUCAGCCAAUGCAGAAAACAUUUCUUUCCUGUUGGAUUCAUCUUUGUCCAAUGUGACAGUGUACAUCACUGGGGUCUCCCCACAUUUUACCCUCUACAGCCCCACAGGUGUGUCUCAGUCAGGUUCUGUACCAGAUGGUCCUCUGGGUAGCAUUCAGACUGUGGGCAAUCUGUGGAGAGUUAAACUCAACUCUGAUAAUCAGACUGGGGAAUGGAGCAUUAGCAUUACCUCCACCAGCACCUACACAAUAAAAGUCUUUGGUCAGAGUUCUGUGGAUUUUCUCUUUAACUUUGUGGAGCAAUCUGAGGGAGGUGACUUUACACCCAAAGACAAUCGUCCUUUCAUUGGUCGGAAUGCCACUUUGUUUCUAUCGGUGACCAGAGAAGACUUGGUCACAGUGACCGAUGUGUUAUUAGCUGAAGUUUCAGGAUCAGAUACUGUGAAUGGUACCGUCACAUCUGUGGGUGGGUCAGGCUUCCUGGUUUACUUACAAAGAAUCCCAGAGGGUGCAUUUGUCAUACAUCUGAAAGGGCUUUUAAAUGAUUCAUCCUCAACUGACCGAUUCCAGAGGCAGUCACCCACUCAGCUCAGAGGCUCAAGAGUUGCCAUUGCGGCUCAGUCAAACGGCACUAUAGAUCCUGCAAACCCCUUCAGUGUGAGCUUUACGUUGGCUAGUAAUGGAUCAGGGGGCCACUACACUAUACGAGCCAGGAAUGACCGCAGCUUCAUCGUGUCUGUCCCCAGCUCCCUGAAUGUGGAGGCAGGAGGAAGUGCUCAGGGAACCUUAACACUGACCGCACCCCCUAACACAGAGUCUGGGACUGAUGUCACACUUACCAUUGAGGCAGAAGAUCCAGGGUCCACCGACUCAAAUUAUGUGACACUGCGGCUCACCGUCAUGGCUGAGGUAACUGAUGUCUCCAGACCAGUCUGUAAUGUAGUAAGCAUUAAAGCUGACUGCCCUGUGAAGUGCGGCAGUGCAUCAUGGGAACUCACUGCCAACCUGACAGAUGGUAUUGGUUCAGGCAUAUCCAGUGUCUCCAUCAACGCCGGCAACGGUUCUCUCAGCAUAAGUAAUGCGAUGAGUGAGAAUGGCACCAAUGUCACUGUAGCUUUCUAUAAUGCUUCCUGCUGUUCUCAGGAGGUGGAGCUGGUGGCGGUGGAUGGGGUGGGAAAUGUGGGUACAUGUUUCACUUCUAUAAAGCACCUCACUGCAAAAACAACCACACUGAUGCCUGCCACAAUUACCACAACCAACAGAGGCUACUCUGUGUUGUUCCCUAAGUAUCUUUUGCUCUUUGUUUACCUUUUGUGGUAAAAAGAAAACUAAAGGGACAUACUGGACAUUAAAGAUCAGAACAACAUGCUGAUUGACUUUUAGAAACAUCUGCUGUAGAUUUACAUACUUACAUAAUGUCUAGAAUACAUUUACAUUUAAAGCAUUGACUGUUUUACUUUAUUAAAGGAACAAUGUUGUACAUCAGAUAAAAGAAUGACAUUCUUCUAGAAAUUUUGUAUGUUUUAAAUCAGUGGACCUUGAAAAGUUUCAUAGUAUUGAAUUAUACCUGAUAGUAUUGA